ACAAAAACAGUGAACACCUUGGUGACCUGCAGUCAAAAGUUUAGUCACGGCCAAAUUAAUUUCUUCAGGAAGGGCUAAUGCAUUUUAGGUUAAUUUUGAAAUUUCACACAAAAACCCAAUACAGUAUAUUAAACUUCUGGCAAUGGUUGUUUAAAAUAACGCACAAUAAGCACGUUUUUGGGUUCCAAAUAAAUUCUGUCAGUGCUUCCAUAUUUUUCACCAGGAUUUAAUUACGGGCUUUCGCUCACCGUGUUUGUGUUCCAAAAAGAAGAAAAAAAUCCAUUGUUGUUGGGAAGUUCGCAAUGUGCGGAUUGGACGCGCAUCACGUGGCUGGAGGGGGGGGGGCGUUCACGUACCGUCGGAAACGAGACACUUAUCAUCGAAGCGCUAACCCUCUACUUCACCCACAGACAACUUUUUAAACUUUAAAAUCUGAUAAGGAGAAGAUGACACAUUCUUACAGUCAGCGGUCCGUCGUCGUUUUGUCUCUACUGGGGAUUCUGUCGGCCAUUAUGUCGGUUUUAUCGGUCAUUCUGAUCUUCCAGCUGCAGCCUCAACACACGGCCGUCAGGGAGUUCACCCCGUCGGUCGUGCCCCCUCACGUCAGGGCCUUCCUGCCGCCGGUGUCCACGGUGCUCUCGGCUCUGUCGCUCACGCUCAACCUGAGCUGCGUGGUGGUGUGCCUCCUGCACGGCUACUUUUCCACCGAGGUUAGUCGAGGAGACGUGGACACCGAAAGAGCAGACUGGUUCUUAUUGGACAGCAGAGCCGUGCGGCAUGUGGUCAUCGGACUGUUCUGCCUGGGAGUUUCGGUCUAUUUAGCAGCAAUGUCCAUUUUUAUGUUGCUGAUAUUUGAGGCCGAGACGGGUAUCGCCAGCGCUUGCGUCCUGGCCUCCGGCAUUUUGAUCCUCCUAGUAGUGGUGAUCCACUCGCUUGUCAAGGCCUCUCGGGCAGCCAAACGCGGCACCGGAGACCAUCUCGAAACGCUCUUUCGCAACGAGCACCGAAGCGGCAACAACAGCCCCGUGUCGUGGCCCUGCGAGCUGAAAAUCGGCGUAGACAAGCUGCGAGUGCCCCGCAGACCGUCGCACCUCCAGCAUCACAUGUCGCUCACGCCGUCCAGCAGCCCCAGACACCAGCAGCAGCACCACCCGCACGAAGAAUACUCCAGCGUCGGAGAAGAACUGCAAGGCCACUCGAGUAACCUGGACGGCCACAGCGGCGGGGGCGGCAGCUGUCCUCGCUCACACAGGAGCUUAUCUUCCGAUUCCGUUUUCCUCAAGACUAAACCCUGGAAUGGGGUCAACGACGAGAUGAGGAGCGUCCUGGCGCGCAAAUCGGGGAUUACCGCAAAAGAUUCGACGCUCGUGUGAAGAAGAGGAUUUCAAUAAGUGGGCGUGGACAUGUAAUUGACUCUUACUUCCUUUAAUGUUCCAGACCACCUGGAAAUGGAACUAGAAAUCCACUCGUGACUCGAUAAAGCUUUUUAAAGUUGACUGAAAAAUUAAGAAAUUAAUCAAAUUGUGAUCAUCUAUUGAAUAUUAUUUGCAAUAUACUUUUAUGCAUUGACCUCGUGUAGCAUUGUGCUGCAGAAAAUGAUUUAAUGUCACUUAAUUUCUUUGAAAAUGAUUUUAUUAUGGCGACACGGCGGAUAAGCUGAUAAAGCGUCGGCCUCACGGUUCUGAGGACCCGGGUUCGAUCCUGGCCUUGCCUGUGUCGAGUUUGCAUGUUCUCCCCGUGCCUGCAUGGGUUUCCUCUGGGCACUCCGGCUUCCUCCCACAUCCCCAAAACAUGAAACAUUAAUUGGACACUCUAAAUUGCCCCUAGGUGUGAUUGUGAGUGCGGCUGUUGUCUGUCUCUAUGUGCCCUGCGAUUGGCUGGCAACCAGUUCAGGGUGUAGCCUGCUUCCUGCCCAUUAACAGCAUGGACAGGGUCCAGCACUCCUGCGACCCUUGUGAGGAUAAGCGGCAAAGAAAAUGGAUGGAUGAUUUUAUUAUUAUAAUUGUUUACUCCAAAAUUAUUUUUGUUCCUCUGACUAUGCCUGGCAGGAGUCAGAACAACUAAAUGCUUUUCCACUAGAUGGCAGAAGACUGUACAGUUAACCCGUCUCCACCACUUACCAUUCGCAACAGAAUAUUCGUUUUGUGUUCAACUAAACGGGCCCAGAUUUGAAGUCAAUUUGUGAUUAAAUUCAGAAGAGGAUCAUCAUUAUUUCUGUGUAAAUAAACAUUUUGGGCAUUUUUUUUUUGUUGAAUGCAAAAUAAUCAAAAAACACUUUUGUUGAAUUUGAUGUAAUGGUACGUAAGAAAUCACAGAUUUCUGAUUUUGGGCCCACGGUUCAGUGCGCAUUCGGCAUGGUAAGGGAGCAAAAGGAAAAACAAAACUCGUGAGAACAGGAACACGUUUCAAAUCGCUUUUCUAUUGUGGUGGUACUCAGUGUGAAACUGGAAGUAAUCCCAGAUUUAUUGGUAGCGGUGAUGUUAGCUAGUCAGAGGCUGAGCUGCGCUGUAGUUGUUCACAGACUACGUGUGCCUGGAGUUGCUUGGCAGUUACUCCUCCUGUCCUUUUCUUAAUAUAUUUCAUGUAGGAUAUCUCAUUGUGUGUGUGAUUGGACCCCAAGUGAUGAGAAAUAUAUUUUUUUUCAUAUGUAUGUAUGUAUGUAAGUAUCAUUUCACUAUUCCCGGUUUUCACAAACUUGGAUCGCCCAAAUACUGACUUUGUUGCCCGUCAAGUCGGCACAAAUUAUUGAGAAAUGUUUCCUUGAUCCAUUUUGUUAUAAUACAUUAAUCUCUUCUGUUCAUUAUUUAUGUUGAGUGUAUGUUAUGGCAAAACAUGAUGUAUUUUUUACUAUGUUUUGAUCCCAGGGUGCAAACAUUUUAAUGUAUAGAUUUUUUUUUAAAUCUCUUCUUUAUUCUUCAGAUAUUUUCCAAAUAUUUAUACACACUGUGGCAUCUUUGUUAUGUUCUCUCAAAUGAUUUCUCACCAAUUCAAAUUAAAUGAAUCCUUAAAAUAAAAAAUAGGC